AUGGAGACCAUCCAGCAGCCAUAUGCAAAGUCUCUCGGCCCUAGAGGCUAUAUACAGGGGUGCACCAUCUUGUCCAAGUCAUCGAAUGCUCCUUUGUGCCGCUACUUUGGCGGUCUCCGCUACGCUCUGCCUCCAUCAGAACGGUGGCGCAAAGCGCAGAAGUUACCCGCGAGCUAUAUUUAUGGCACCAAGGACCGUCCCUUCCAAUGCCCCGGUGCUACAAACAGAUGUCCACAAGCAACGUUCUUAGAGUCUCCGGUCUCGGAGGCUGCGCACGAGGAUUGCUUUCAGUGUAAUAUAUGGGUUCCUUUUGGAGAUCCUCCGGCAAACGGAUGGCCUGUCCUUGUCUUUAUACACGGGGGUUUCCUGCAAUUCGGUACCCCAAACUCCUUUUCCGCAGCGGCCCUCCUGGGUGAGACAGACUUUGGCGCCAUUAUCGUCAUGCCAGCCUACCGUCUGAAUGCUCUCGGCUUUCUCUACUCCUCAGAACUAGAACAAGACGCCACUUCCGUUGGCGAAACCGCCGGAAACCAUGGCUUCUGGGACCAACGCAUGGCUCUCGAAUGGACCAAAGAGAACAUUGGCUUAUUUGGCGGCAACGGCUCUCAGCUCACGCUUGCUGGAUACUCCGCAGGCGCAUACUCUGUUUGUUACCAACUAGCCUACGAUCUAACCCUCCCAGAGUCUCAAUCCCUUGUCAGACGAGCCUGCAUCUGGUCUAAUUCCUUCACUGUACAGCCUAAAUCCCCCACGCUUGCCCAAACCCAGUUUAACCAGCUCCUUUCGGCCCUCAAUAUUCCAAUCUCCUUGUCCCCAGCCGAAAAACUCUCCCGCCUCCGCUCUACCCCCUCGUCAACCCUCCUCUCCGCUGCUGCAAGUAUAGACCUGCACGAGUUCCGCCCUACAACCGACAACGCUUUCAUCCCUAAUAACCUCUUCCACACCCUCGACAACGGCACCUUCGCAUCCACCUUACUCGCUCGCAACAUCCAUAUCAUCACCGGCGAAUGCCGUGACGAACACUUCCUCUACGGCACAUGGCGCCCCCCAGUCAAGAAUACGCUCGGCUCGCUGCGCGCUAGGCUGCUGGCGGAUUACCCCCGGCCCGUCGUCGACGCCCUUAUGAGGAUAUACUACCCAAACAGAACAUUACCGGCAGAUUGCAAGGACUGGUCAUCCGAUGCCUUUGGCCGAAUUUACGCGGACAUGCAGGUCCACCGUAUGCAGCGCGGAUUCAUCUACGCGCUCACCAAUCCCAUAAGGCCCAGAGAGCCAAAUCUCGGCGAGAGAGUUUCUAAACUCAUCCACCGCUACCGCAUGGAAUAUCGUCUUAAAUGCGCGGACGUCUCUACUCCACCGGGAUGGGGCGUCACACACGCUACGGACCAGUAUAUCUGGUUCUGGGGCAAUGGGCAGAUCGUCCUACCCGAGGAGAAGAAGAUUAUCAGGAAUGCGGUCAUCGAUCCGUUCAUUAAGUUUGUGCGUGGGGAGCAGGAGCUGGGGUGGGGGGCCAGUAAUCAUAGGGAGAUGAGGACGUUGAAGCCGGAUGGAACCGUGGAGAUUUGGCGCGACGGGCUCUGGGACGAGGCAGUAAGGACCUGGAGGGCGCUAAGGGAGGUCGCGGACUUUGCGGAUGUUGAGAAGGGCGGAGCUAGGCUUUAG